AUGGUGCGUGUGCGGAACAUCUUAGAUCUGGCUGGGGAGCGGGAGGUGCGCGAGUUCUUGUCCUUCUUCGGCGAAAUCGAGCACGUCGACAUCAGCCCUGACGUGGUGGCGACUGGGAGGACGGCCUACGCCACCUUCAAGGACGUCGAGGGCCCUAGAGAUAACGCUGCUGCUCUCGGUAUGUAUGGCCUCGCGCAAUCAUCCAACUGUUACUUUCAUUUGUGCAGUGGAGGUGUUUAUGCAAUCUGGUUGUGCUGGUAUUUUCAAUUGCUAUCUAUAAUGAAUGAUUCUCUGCACUGUCAAUGUCAUUGUUGA